CGUGUAUAUAAUUUUAUAUACUUAACCUAACAAAAUAAGUUCAAACUAAAGUAGCCAGUUAUAAUAUAUCACAAAAAGUUUUUUUAUUUCUUAAGUUAUUUUAACGUAAAUGUAUUUCUUGAAUAUGUUUAUCAAUUUUGAUUUAUUAUUAAAAACAAGAAGAUAUUUUAUAAUUUAGCAGGACCUUGAUGAAAUUCGUGUAUUAUUAUUUUAGAAAAAGAAGUAUCUAGUAAUUAUUUUUAACAAUUACAAUUGUAUUUUAUAAAUAAGUGCAAUGAAUCGUGAAGAGAGAAGUGAAUCAGAAGAAGAACAUGAGAAAUCUAGAAGCUCAUCAGUGGAUUCUCAAAGAUCUAUUAAAAGUAGAUCAAAGUCAAAUUCUAUCAGUCCUUCUCCAAGAUCUAAUCAUUCAUCACCUGUACAAGCAAGGUCACCAGCUUCUGUGCUAUCUAAUGCCAAUUCUCGAAAAUCAUAUUCUAGAUCACCUUCCCGUUCACCUUCAAGAAAUCGAUCAAUAUCACCUUCUUCUAUCAAAAAUCAAAGAUCAUCAAGAUCUAGUUCAAAAUCUGAUGGUAGAAAAAGUAGUUCAAGAUCACCUUCUAGAUCUCCAUCACCAGAAAUAGAUGGAAAAAUUAUUCAAAAUGAAUCACAAUCACCUGGUGGUUCACCAUGUUCAAGAAGAUCACGAUCAAGAAGUUCUUCAGAAUCUAGAAAAAGUUUUAAUUUAGCAUCUCGAGAAAAUUCACGAUCUAGAUCCAGAUCUACUUCAACUAAACGAAGUAAUCCUCCAUCUAAAUGUUCUUCCCCAAAAGUGAAUUCUCGUUCCUGUUCUAGAUCUCCUUCAUCAUUUAAACCACACUCCCGAUCAAAUUCUCACUCUCCUUCUGUAUCACCAAAAAUAACUGUUAGGUCUCGUUCGCGAUCAAAAUCUCCAGAAAUUCUAUCUCGAUCGCCAUCGAAUAGUCCAAGUCGAAAAUCACAUAGUAGGUCCAGAUCUCCUUUAGAUGAAAAAAAAAUAUCACUUUCUUCAUCAUUGGAAGAAAAACAUUCACCAUCACCUAUUAGAAAUUCUCGAUCGCAUUCGAGAUCAAAAUCUCAAUCAAUAGAUAGAUCAAGAAGAAAUUCUCCUAAUUUAGACAAUAAUAUACAUUUGAAAUCUCUUUCGAGAUCUCCUGAUGGUAAACAUAAAUCUCGAUCUCGAUCUCGAUCUCGAUCUCGUUCUCGAUCUCGUUCUCGUUCUCGUUCUCGAUCUCGUUCUCGAUCAAAAUCAGUUUCUGGAUCAAGAAAACAAUCACCUAAUAUAUCCCAAAAAGGAUCCUUAUCUAGAUCACCUUCAGCGGAGCAUAAAAUAAUACAUUUAAGCACACCAUCAAAAUCGAGACAUACAUCAAAAUCUAAAUCACGUUCAAGAUCUGGUUCAAGAAAAUCAAGAUCUGGUUCAAGAAAAUCAAGAUCUGUAUCUGGAUCACGUAAAGGAUCACAUUCUCCUAAUUCCAGGAAAAGUUCUCGUUCGCGAUCAAGAUCUAGUUCUAGAUCAUCUAAAUCCCGAUCUCAAUCUCGUUCCAGUUCAAAAAUAUCUCGCUCUAGAUCACGUUCCGGAUCGCGAUCAAAAUCAAGAUCGCUUUCAGGUUCGCCAUCUAGAUCACAUUCAAGGUCACGUUCACCUUCGCGUUCACGAUCAAGAUCAAUUUCAGUUGCUGGAUCUAGACGUUCAUCACGAUCCAAAUCAAGAUCGAGAUCUCGUUCAGCAUCAAAAUCCAAAAGAUCAAGAAGUCGUAGUGAAGAUUCUGAAGAUGCUAUUAGAAAAAGAAAAAGAGUCCUAUCCGAUUCUGAAGAAGAAGAUGGCGUUAAAGCAACAAAAAAAACAAAACAUGAAAUAACAGAUUCAGAAAAUGAAGUAGAUGAUGUAACAAAAGUGAAAAAAGCUGAAGAUGAACAAGAGGAAGAAGGUGAAGAAACAGAAAACAAACAAUUUCAAGAUGUUAUAGCUAAUGAACAACAAGAAAAUGAAGAUUCCGAUGAUGGAGUAAUGGUAGAUGGUGGAAUGAGUAGCAGAUAUUUAGAUGAUUCAUUAUCAGAUUUUGAUCGCAUGAUGGCUCGUAAAAAAGAAGAACAAUCACGACGUCGCAAAAGAAAAGAUAUUGAUAUAAUUAAUGAUAAUGAUGACAUCAUAGCUCAAUUGUUAUCUGAUAUGAAAUCUGCAUCAGAAGAAGAUAGAAAAUUAAACCAACAAAAUAAACCAGCUACUAAUAAAAUAGCAAUGUUACCAAAAGUAUUAUCACAACUUAAAAAACAUGAUCUUCAAUUGGCUUUUUUGGAACACAAUGUCUUAUCUGUUUUAACUGAUUGGUUGGCACCUAUGCCUGAUCGUUCUUUACCAUCUUUGAAAAUUCGAGAUAGUCUCUUGAAACUUUUGUGGGAAUUUCCACGAAUUGAUCAAGCUUCUUUAAAACAAUCUGGUAUUGGUAAAGCUGUAAUGUAUCUUUAUAAGCAUCCUAAAGAAACUAAAGAAAAUAAAGAACGUGCAGGAAAAUUAAUUAAUGAAUGGGCACGUCCAAUAUUUAAUUUAUCUGCAGACUUUAAAGCCUUAUCAAAAGAAGAAAGAAUGCAAAGAGAUUUAGAACAAACACCUCAGAAACGAAGAAAAACUGAUGAUGGUAGUUCUUCUCAAAAAUCACAAGAUAUUAAUAAAGCUUUGAAAGGAGAUGCUAAACCAUUGAGACCUGGAGAUCCUGGUUGGGUUGGAAGAGCUAGAGUUCCUAGACCUUCUAAUAAAGAUUAUGUUAUAAGACCAGAUUGGAAAUCUGAUGUUGAUAUUAGUAGGAGUACUAAAAAACAAAUGAAUAGAUUUGAGAGACACAUGAAAAAUUAUAUAGAUAGUAAACGAAUAAAAGCAACUAGAAGAGCUGUGGAUAUAUCUAUUGAAGGCCGUAAAAUGUCAUUAUGACUUAAAAAUCUUUUAAUUAUUAUAAGAAAGGUGAUAUAUCCUGUGCAAUUAUGCACAGAUAUCAAUAAUUCUAAUAAAUUGUAACUUAAGAUUAUAAUCACAUACACAAUUGUGCUUAAUAAAAAUGUUCGAUACAUGUUCACUUUA